CUUCACUGCUAAAGAAAUCCUUGGAAUCGUUCAGCUGAAUUCAUCAUCUGAUGUCAUAACCAGAGAAGAAUUUUCAAACUUCUCUUUGGUUUUACUCUACCAUUUGCAGAACGUCUCCAAUGAUUGUCAGUCUCCGGGGGGUUCCUUCAUAAACUAUCAAACCAAAAUGAUGCAUUUAUUAACGGAAGACUCUAAAACUAUAUCCAAAAUUAAAGUCGACCUGUUUCUUCACAAACUUCUAAAUCUCGGCCACCAAGACGACGAUGACCAUGACAAUGAAGACCACGCUCGUGAUGGUCAUGGUGAACACUCUAAGGAUAGUGACGAUGGUCACAAUGAUCACGAUAGCGAUGAUGAUGAUGAUGAUGACCAUGAUGAUCAUGAUCAUGAUGGUAAUGGUCACGAUGAUGACGAUCAUGAUGAUGAUGGUAAUGGUCACGAUGAUGACGAUCAUGAUGAUGAUGGUAAUGGUCACGAUAACCACGAUCAUGAUGAUGAUGGUAAUGGUCACGAUGAUGAUGAUGCAUUACCAUUAGUUUUCAAGAAAAAGCUUCAACCAUUCACGAAAGUUGCCGGUUGUUGCCAGAGAGAAGUGCGUUUAUUAACUACAUAUUUAAUAAUUUUGGAUCGAAAAAUCACAUGUCUAAAGAUGAUUUUAAGAAAUUAAUUAAGCUACUAGGUCUUGGAACAAAGAAUCAAGAAAAAGAAGCGCAUGACCAUCAGCAUUCCAAACGAGCUGUUCAGCCGAUGAAAAAAGUAAGCGAUUGUUUUGACAGCUCGGAACUAUUAGCUAUCUUCAAGGAUCAAAAUGAUAAUGCAUCACUUUUGUUGCCAGAAAAAUUUAGGGAACUCAGUCCCGCUCUUAUACAACAACUUCUUUCUAGUUCUUGCCGGAAAAAAGCUGAUAAACCAAGCCAGUACAAACACUAUGGCUAUGGAAUAUUAGCUGUUGCGGUAAUCUGUUUUUGUUCGCUUCUUGGAGUAUUCAUGAAUAUAUGCCAGAAGAAAGUCUAUGGUUAUACGAUGGCGUUUUUCGAAGGACUUGCAGUUGGAACAUUGGCCACCGAUGCUUUACUCCAUUUGAUUCCUCAAGUUAGUAAUUCUCUGAUGUUAUAUUCUUUUCUUCUGCGUCGUGUGGUUGUGUGUUGUCAUCGGUUAGUUUAUAAAAUUCACUUAAAUUUUCGCAGCCUUUAUGAUAAAGUGAAAGCUCUACCGAGGAGGAAAUUACAACAGUUGUACACACACACAAACGCACGUAUACAAACACACAUACACACAAUUACAUACCACACAUACACGAACAAACAUACACACUCAAUUGUAUAUUUUGUGGAGUAUUACUUUAUCGAAUUCGUUUAUGCUCCAUUCUUAACUAAAAUUUUAAUGAAUUCUCCUGAGGCCUUUCAUUCUGAAGUUUAUAUUUUUGACUUAAGUUUAUUUUUAAACCAGGAAAGUCAAGACACUGCGUGUACCUAUGGUUUCUAUCUGCUUGAAGUUGGCUUCACGGUUGUAACUAAGGAAAGUGAACACUCACAUGACCUACCUAAAGAUACGAAGCUUUCUGAAGUCUACACAACCACAAAUGAGAAGAACAACUCUUUGGAAAACCCAAAAAGUAUGGCUGAACCGAAUAUUCCAGAGAAACCUAAUAAAUGUUCUUCACUUUCUCUCAUAGUUAUACUCGGCGAUGCUUUGCACAAUUUUGCUGAUGGCCUCACCAUAGGAGCAGCGUUUUCAACAUCUGAGUCGUUUGGGCUCAUGACAAGCAUCGCUGUUCUAUGCCAUGAAAUACCUCACGAAUUAGGAGAUUUUGCUGUCCUCUUGGCGAAUGGAAUCGGUUUUAAACGCGCCCUUUUGUUCAACUUCGUAUCGUCAUUGACCGCUUUUGUAGGCCUCUUCAUCGGAUUGGGCGUGUCUACUGAUUUUAUCGUUCGUCGGUGGAUAUAUGCUGUAUCUGCAGGGAUGUUCCUGUAUAUAGCAUUUGUCGAUUUGUUUCCAGUAAUGAAAAAGCAUAAGACGGUGAAAAGCUUGGUUAGUCUUUUCAGCAACGCUGGUUUAAUUUUGGGUGUCAUAAUAAUAACUUUACUUGGCUUUUAUGAAGAGAAAAUCGUCGGCCACUAAAACGCCGAACGGACUGGGCAGCGGACAAUUUGGACAGGAAAAGGCGCACAACUACGGAAUGGAUAUGAUUUAACGACGCAGCAUUCGGCUAUCUGUCACUCACAUGCAUAUGUAUCUACGCAUACAUGAGCAGUUGCAUGUGCGUAUGUAUGUGUGUAUGUAUGUAUGUAUGUGUGGUGUGGUAUGGUGUGUGUGUGUGUGUGUGUGUGUGUGUGUGUGUGUGUGUGUGUUCAGUUUUUAAUCACUUAAAUUCUUUUGAAGAAGGAGCUGGUUUCUAACAAAGACACAACACUCCAUCCUUGGAAUGUAGAUAACAAACACAAUGUCACAUUUUAAACUUGAGAAAAGUCUUGCAUAUCUUUACUGUUCCACUUACAGAAUGUAUUUGUAAUCUGCGAGUCAGAUGGUUGAUUUCUUCUUCCGUGUGUGUGCGCGCGCGCUCUCUCACGCAAACUCCUGGAUGCAAAGCCUUCUGUACAGAGUGUGUUAGACACUGGGCAGCGUCGUCGGAUCUCUCCUUCCUUCGCUUUAUCUCCCUUUCCCUCUCUCUCAUACACAUACUACACACAACUCACGCACAUACGUAGGCGGUCUAAUUACACACACACACACACACAAUUACCCCACCACCGUCUAAUAUAACUUUAUUUGUCCAAUUCUCAUACUUUUUCUAAUUCAUAUGUAAGACAUUUUAUUGCAAGCAUGAGAGAAUCCUUAAAAGAAAUUACCACCGCCACCACCACUACCACC